GACAACCUUGGAUUCCAUUUGUAAGCCUGGCUUAGUACUUCUCAAGUCUCAAACGAAUAGAAGCCUGAAGUAAUGCUUUUUUUGUUUGGACAGCCCAUGUGGAGUAUUCUUGUAUUGAGCGUUAUUACAGCCCAUUGAUCGAAUAAACAAACAUUAAAGUUGGUCUUGUCCAGUGUACGACCUUACUCCAGAAAGUCAGAGUUGGUUUUUGGCCAAACUUUAUCUUAAGAAAAAAGCAAAUGAAUCCCAAAAAAAGGUCAUAAAGGCAUCGAAAGUGGCCAAAUACCUAGCAAGAAUCCCGUUUUGAUGUAUUCUUUUUCCAACUGACAGGUCCAAAUGUCCCUUAAUUUGAUAUUGAACCAACUCGAGCAGAAACUAACAAAGACAAUGGCAAGAGGAAGCUCAAUAAAGAAAAAAGGCUGUAUACAGGGCAUGAAGAUAGCAGAAUCAAUAGAAUCUUAAGGUUCAAGUUGUUUUUGCCUCGAGAUCCAGGAAAUACUAUAAAAAAGUUCUCUUCUUUUACCCCAUCUUUACUCCAAUGGGUUCCCUUUUUUUUACUUUUUUUGGCCUGAAAUGAGCUCUAUGUAAAGAGUAAAGAUUAUUCUGACAGAACAACUCUGAUAUUUCUGACUAUGACUAGAUUUUCCUCAAGAAGCAGAUGCUCAUACCCUUUGUUAAUUUGUAGCUUGGUGGGGUUCUUUAUUUUGCUUCAUUUCUCAUCUUUGGGUGGUUACAAAGGUAUUCAAGAAGUGCAGAUCCAAGUAGGAUAUGAAGAGUUGGAGGAGAUCCAAAUACCUCAGCCAAGAGGAAGCCAAUCCUCAGAAGCCAACAUGCUAAUUGAUGAAUUUCUUGAUAAGUCUUCUAAACUCAGGCACAAUUUCUUUCCUGACAAGAGAACUAGUAUAGACCCUAGAAAGAAUACUAAAGAUGACAGCUUUUACUAUUACCCUGGGAGAAUUUGGCUAGAUACUGAUGGACACCCUAUUCAAGCUCAUGGUGGUGGAAUUCUUUAUGACGAAAGAUCAAGAAUGUAUUAUUGGUAUGGCGAGUACAAGAAUGGUCCUACUUAUCGAGCUCCUGGCAAAAAUGUGGCUCGGGUAGACGUCAUUGGAGUUGGGUGCUACUCUUCUAAGGAUCUGUGGACUUGGAAGAAUGAGGGCAUUGUACUAGCCGCUGAUGAACAUAAUGAGGCUCAUGACCUUCAUAAGUCUAAAGUGUUAGAGAGGCCUAAAGUGAUCUAUAAUGAGAAGACAGGUAAAUAUGUAAUGUGGAUGCACAUUGAUGAUGGAAAUUAUACUAAAGCGUCCGUUGGCAUUGCUAUAAGCAAUUCCCCUACUGGUCCUUUUCGAUAUCUAUAUAGUAAAAGGCCUCAUGAUUUUGAAAGCAGGGAUAUGACUUUGUUCAGAGAUGAUGAUGGGAAGGCAUAUGUAAUCUACUCUUCCGUUCACAACAGAGAGCUUCAUAUUGGUCUCCUUGAUCAAGAUUAUGUGGAUGUUACUAAUGUUAUGUCAAGGGUUCUCGUGGGGCAGUAUAGGGAGGCCCCGGCUUUGUUCAAGCAUCGGGGAACUUACUACAUGAUUACAUCAGGGUGCAGUGGUUGGGCACCAAAUGAGGCACUGGCUCAUGUGGCUGAAUCAAUUAUGGGACCAUGGGAGACUAUAGGCAACCCAUGUAUAGGUGCAAACAAAGUUUUUCGAGUCACCACAUUCUUUGCUCAGAGCACAUACGUGCACCCCAUUUCUCCUGGUUCAUUUAUUUUCAUGGCAGAUCGCUGGAAUCCAAAUGAUUUGCGUGAGUCUAGAUAUAUAUGGCUUCCUUUAACUGUCGAGGAAAUAGCUGGCAGUCAACGACCAAGAGUAUCUAUCUUUUGGCAUAAAAGAUGGGAUCUUCCCAAAAGCCAAACUUAGAAGAAUGCUGAUAAGUUUCUCAUCAUAGACCAAGUUUACUACUAGCUUUCUGUGGAGUAUUAGAAUUAAUAAUGUGAACUGUGAAGUGAUACAAGAUGGUUAUUAGAAUAACUUGUUACCUUGUUGUAACUUUGGAUUACAUACAGCUUUAUGCCAUAUAUAUAUAUAUAUAUAUAUAUAUAUAUCAAAAUGUAUAAUUGCAGCUUCUUAUACCUGUCAAGCAACCAAAAACUAUAAAAUAUCUGAUUUUUCAUCAGUUUUGUGACACGCAACCAAAUUAAAACCCCCGCCUUCUUGCAAUUUGGUGAACCUUUCAAAAAUGAUUUGUCCAAUUUUCCUCAAUCUUGAAGUAAAAUUAGAGUUUCAUCCUAUAACAGGGGAUUCAAUUCCAUUCUUAUAAUAAGUUAGCUAGAUAUAUGGUAUUCUGAAUAUGGUGCAUAGCCCCAUUGGCUAAAAUCUUGUCAGACAUAGAUAACACUUAAAAAGAAGAUAAUGAUUGUACAUUAAGAGGGUAAAAGUUUCUAGGGGAAACUCAUGGUAUUUUAUUAGUUUAACAUAUAUAUAUCAAAACAAAUCAAUUCUACAUGAAAACAGAGAAUUAAACAGAAACUGAAUCUUGAUGCACGAAAAAGAGAAUGUUAACAGACCAAAGUUUUAUUCAGCUUCCUCAACACUAG